GCCCUGCGCGCGCCUGUCUGGCCUGUGUGGCCUCGCCGCACUCGUCGCGGGUCUCGUCGCCAUCAGCUUCCUCGCGACCCACGCCAGCGCCGCUGAUGACCUGUGUGCGAACGAGGACUGCGGGGAAGGCACCUGCGCCGUUGAUGUAGACAAUGACAUACCCCUGUGCGUGUGCAAGGACGGUUUGGUAUUCGACGACGACCACAAGACGUGUGUCGUGGACCCGUGUACCGGCGGGGUGUGUGGGGUAGAGGCUUCCUGCGUUACUCUCGGUCCGACCGAAUUCCUCUGCAAUUGCAACAAGGAAGGCUUUGCCUUCAACGAGGCGGACAAGACGUGCUUUCCCCCGUUGGUGCGGACGACAGUGGCGCUGCAGCAAGGAGGCUCGAGAAGCAUUGUGCCCGCCAGCUUCUUGGCACCACUGCCGGCAGAGCAAGCGAGUGGCAGCAGCGCGUGCGGCAACCUGUACGUCACCAUCGAAGGCAGCGCCAAGAUCACCGUCGUGUGGAAUGCCUCCAACCCCGCCCCGCCUGUUGAUGAAGCGCCCAGCAACGCCAUGUGCAAGAGCCUCUCGUUCUACGCCGAGUCGGGCUGCACGAAGAAGCUGCGCUUCACUAUCGCGCGACCUGCGAAGAAGGGCAGUUCCUACCCCGUCACGAUCAAGACUGUCAAGGGAAUCCGUUCGCUGCUAUCAGUUGGCUGCGAGAUCA